AUGUCCCGGGUGGCUUGGUGGAUCACCACCUACAUCACCUUCGAGCGCUGCCUCUGCAUCGCCAUGCCCCUCAAGGUCAAGCACUACGUCACGCCCCGGGGCACCGUCCUGGUGAUGGUGGGCAUCUACGCCGUGGUGCUGGGCGGGUCCCUGACUGUCGCCGUCUGCCACAUGCUGGUGCCGGUCUACUUCCCGCAGCUCAACCGGACGAUCGUCAUCAAGGCAUACCGCGAGAACGGGCUGUACAUGGAGACCAUCGGCUUCUACGUCUUCGUCUCCAUCCAGUGCGGGGCCAUCCUCACCAACGCCAUCCUCACCACCAUCAUCAUCAAACAGCUGCGGGUCAAAUCAAAAUGGCGGGAGGUGACGUCACACACCGCCGGACCCAAAGACCGGCUCAGUCUCCGCGACCGGAAGCUGGUCAAGAUGGUGAUCUUCAUGUCGUGUAUAUUCAUCGGCUGCGUGACCCCUAGCCUAGCGACCUUUCUGGCUAUCACGACCUUGACCUACAACUUCGUCUACUCUUUCCGCUACUACAACGUGUUCGUGAUCGUGUGGGCGGUGGUCUACGUCUUCGAGACCACCAACAGCAUGGUCAACUUCUUCGUCUACUACAACAUGAGCGCCAAGUUCAAGGCCACCUACAACGCUGUCUUUUGGACCAGCAAAGUUGAGAAAGACAAAAAAAAGUAG